AGGACGCGGCGGGCGGUGCUUCCUCGGCUGUUCAGCUUCCAGUCCACCGAGUCUGCGGAGUCCCGGCCUUCCACUUCCGCCCCUUAGCCCGCCGCGGCAAGUAGCGAAGCCCGAGAAGUCGCGGCCGCAACGCCGCCGGCGCGCGUCCUUCCUCCUCCGCCGCCUUUUUUCUGAUUCAAGCUCGCCGCCCCAGGCUUCGCUCAGCCGAGCCCGCAGCCCACGCCGCGGCCGACAUGAGCUUCUUGUUUGGUAGUCGCUCUUCUAAAACUUUUAAACCAAAGAAGAACAUACCAGAGGGGUCUCACCAGUAUGAACUCUUAAAGCAUGCAGAAGCCACACUGGGCAGUGGCAACCUGCGGAUGGCUGUCAUGCUUCCUGAGGGAGAGGAUCUGAACGAGUGGGUUGCAGUUAACACUGUGGAUUUUUUCAAUCAAAUCAAUAUGCUUUAUGGAACCAUCACAGACUUCUGUACAGAGGAGAGCUGUCCGGUGAUGUCAGCUGGACCAAAAUAUGAAUAUCACUGGGCAGAUGGAACAAACAUAAAAAAGCCCAUUAAGUGUUCUGCACCAAAGUAUAUUGAUUACUUGAUGACUUGGGUUCAGGACCAGCUGGAUGAUGAGACAUUAUUUCCAUCAAAAAUUGGUGUUCCAUUCCCGAAGAAUUUCAUGUCAGUGGCAAAAACAAUACUCAAACGACUCUUUAGAGUUUAUGCUCAUAUUUACCACCAACACUUUGACCCUGUGAUCCAGCUUCAGGAGGAAGCACAUCUCAAUACAUCUUUCAAGCACUUUAUUUUUUUCGUUCAGGAGUUCAACCUUAUUGACAGACGAGAGUUGGCACCACUGCAAGAGCUGAUUGAAAAACUCACCUCAAAGGACAGAUAAAAGGAUGCAAGCUGUGCAAACUCUUCUUCAGAUGGAGCUGUAUACAGUGUUGUUGGCUUUGUUAUAGUUCAUCUUUAUCUAGAUUGUUUCUGUUUUAGGUUUUGGGGCUUGCUUGGGUUCCCUUUUCUCUUCUGAAUAUAUAAAAUCAUAUUCUGUUGCUAGAGGAAGCCGAGACCAGUCUCUACAUUUGAAAAGGGCAAAUUUUGUCGUAGUGGUAUACAGUAUUUUUUUCUAUUUUAUUUUUAUCAAUCUGGUUUUGGUUACUUGAGGAAUUUUUAUGAUAUUGUAUGCUGGAAACAUGCGAACUGACUGAAGUGCUGAUGGACUGGGUACUUUGUUGUGUAAACUGUGGCCCACUUUGAAGUCCUUAAAAAAGACUUAUAUAUAUGUUUUUAAGUGCCUUGAUAGGCUCACUUCUGAGGUGCAAAGCACAGAUAUAGGACUGAACAAAGCUUGAAACAAUAUUAGAAUUUCUAUCUAGGGCACUUACUUGUGCAUGUUAUGAAGUUAUCUGUUAUAAAAGCCAUAGUUUACUCAAAUUGUUGAUCUCCAGCUUUUACUAUGUUGAAAAAAAAAACAUAAUUUGUAAAGUUGUGCAUGUAGAACAUAAAUAUAAAACAACAAAUUAUUUCUUAAUUAUUUUUGACAUAAUUUGUAAAGGUGUGCAUGUAGAACAUAAAUGUAAAACUACAAAAUUCUUAAUUAUUUUUGAUAUUGACUAAUAUAAUCUGUUCAACAGCUGUUUAAAGUUCUACAAGCAGGUCUUUUUCCAUCUCUUAAUAUCUGUGAUAUUGAAAUUUAAGGAUGUUGAAAUGUAAUAGAUACUGCAUUUCAGCUUCUUUCUACAUGUAAGUGCACUGUAAGUGUAAAACUUCAGGUUAUAUAUAGAAUUGCCAUCUUCAGAAAGGAUGUUGAACUGUGAGGUUUCCUAGCAAUUGCCAAAUGAGCCGUAAGUGCAGAAUCCCUUUGUACUUCAAAGAGGAAAGGAAAAAUGAGACCUGUCACGGCAGGCAUUAGUUUGGGAAAUUAGAGAGGAUUAGUGUGGGAGUCAGAUUCUAGAAAGUCCUGUUUUAAAACCCUGGGAUAGAUUGGUGCCCAUUACUUACAGUCUGGGAGACUUCCUUUUAGAGAUCAGCUUCCAUGAGAAGUUAAACAUAAGUAAUUAGUUUUAGGUACAGACAUUAAAUAUGGAAUUAACAACUAUUUGGGGAAAUUAAUCACUUUUUAGCAUUUCCAUUCAGUGAAUGGAGCUGGUAUUUGCCUGUCAUUUUAAAUGAUACACUACCUUGAUUAUUGGUGCCGUUUGAAGCAUCCUGACUCCUUAUUUUUCCACUGUGAGAAAUCAUUUUUCUUUGUAGUGAUAUCAAGUAAUGAAAAUGUUAGCUCAGUAGUUAAUAACUUUUAAAUAUUAGUUGAGAUGCCAUCCUGUUAUCUUCUUCAGGAAUUUGGUUUUUGAGUAAAUACUGAGGUUCUCUCCCCUUCAGUUUUGUUCUUGAGAAAUACUCUUCUCAGGCUCUGAGUUUUAAUUUUAUCAGUUUGGAUAAGUCCUCUUCCCUCAAUGUUCUCUCUCUUUUUAGUUAGAGACACACACUUUCAAACUUGUAAACCAGAAAUGCUUGCUGUGAAGUUGUAUACAACACUUAGUGAAAAAGAGUCUAAAAUGAAAUGAACAAGUGGGCAGUGAUACAGUUGGAUGCCCUUACAGUCAUGAUCACUAGGAACUGCCUUUUUCUCCAUUUGAUUUCUAUAAUGGCAAUUACUACCAAGUACCAAUAAUAAAAGAAACAAGAGAGCUUGGAAAAGGUAGAUAAUCCUGGCAUUUAUUAGUAAUGCUUAUUUAUCAACCGACAGCUAGCUGAUUUUUUUAAAAUACUUUUUUUUUUUUUUAGUAUCUAGAUAGAGAAUAUCAACCAUUAUGGGUUGGUUCAGAAUCCCGAUGUUUGCUUCCUCUCUAUACAGGAAAUGAAGCACAUAAUCACUAACUAAAAUAGUCUUCCGUAGUCUAUGACUUUCUAUCACCCCUGUAAUGGGUUUUUUAUAGCAGCAGCAUGUAGAGAGAGAAGUAAGAGGUUGCUUCUGGUCCUUUAAGCCUUACACAUAUUAACUGUCAGAAUGGAAACCAGUCCUAGAAACUAGUGCUUGACAGUAGGACUUACCACUACGUGUGGAGAGCAGUUUCUGUUCACUUUGCCAGAAUCUCAGGUGCUAUGUUUUCAAGUCAGCACUCGAGCUUUGGGAAAUGAGGGGAUGUGUGUGUGUGUGUGUGUGUGUGUGUGUGUGUCUGUCUGUCUGUCUGUCUGUCUGUGUAGUGAGAAAGUAGGCAUUCUCCUGGGGAAAGGCCUGGCAAUUGUCCAUGGCGCUGGGUGGCGAUAACUAAAGAAACACCAGCAUACAAGAGACAGUCGGUUUAAUAAAAAUUUGGUUUGAGAGUAAAAUCCCCCUCACUACCCCCGCCCCCUUUUUUUGAGACAAGGUCUUUUUGUAGCUCUGGCUGUUCUGGAACUCAUGCUGUAGAUGAGGCUGGCCUUGAACUCACAAGAUCGGCUUGCCUCUGCCUCCCAAGUGCUGGGAUUACAGGCAUGCAAAAUGCUGUUUUAUAAAGUAAGGAUCAAAACUUGAUUUUAUAGGAGAGCUUGCUUAUAAAUGUCUCUUAGGUUCUUUUCAGAACUGUUAAUUUAUAAAUAAAUAAGAAAAUUAUCCCCUUUUAUUUCUUUCCUUAUUUUUUGAGACUGGGUCUCACUAUGUAGCCCUGGCUUAUAGACCAGGUCUCAAACUGUAAGAGAUCUGCUUGCCCCUCUACCCCAAAUGCUGGGAUUAAUGAUAUGCCCCACCAUACCUGGCUACUCCAUUUGUUAUACAGUUAUAAAAGUGCAAGCUGGUUUUCCUUAUUUCAUAAGCUCAUCCCAUACAAUCGAAUGUAGUAAGUUAUCAUUAUAGUUGUUAUUCACAUUGCUUUGGUUAAAUUCGGACAUGAUGAAGCAAGAUUUAGGAAUUACUUCGUUGUCAGAGUGGUGGUGGUGAAGAGAAACUGCGUGAAGUGUUUGUCGUUAGCAGUAGGUCGUACAGCUGGCCUUGUUCAUUUGCUGACCUUUUCUUCCAUGUGCCACAGAAGCCAUGCUAUUAGACUGCCCCAGACAGAAAGCAUGUGUGUGGUGGUGGCUGUGGAGCUCUGUCUACCUUAAAAUGAAAGAUUUUUAAAUUGUCGCCUCUUUUUAACUCUGUUCAGCUUGUCAUUGUAAACUCUCAAUGGUCAACAUAAAGUUAGCAGAGUAUAUUUUAACAUGUAGUUCAGAGACACUACCUGGAUUAUCAGGAUAGAUGAAGCACUACAAUCUCUUAUCAGAAAAUGGAAAUAUGGAUAUUUAUAUUUUGCAUAUUUCAUCACUAGUUUCCAUUUUAUGUAAUGGGUAUUUUCCUUGCUUAUGGGGAAAGAAGCAAAACAACAGAUUUCUUUUAUAGCUUUGUCUACAUCCUCUCUGAGAGAGAAUUUGAUAACCACUAAAAUGGUAGAUUAUGUAAGAUGCAAAUACUAAGUUGUCUGUCACACUGCCUUUUAAGAUGAUCAUGAUAUACCUUAACACCCAAAUGAGAGUUGACCUUCAAAGCAGUUCUCUUUGGAACAUUGUUUAUUUCAGCUCUGUUACAAAGUAUGUUUCUGGAACUUUGUCCUAUGUCAUAGGUGCUUUGAGAAUUGACUUACGACUGUGUAAGAAGAAUCAGUUUCAUAUUUUUAAUAGCACAAAAACAAUUUUUUAAAGCUUAGUAGAAACUACAUUAACUACCAAACCACGCCCACUAACUUUGCUGUUAACCAAGCCAGUUUGGAAAGCAAGGGUAUAUUUUACGCUCAAAAUCUGCUGAGACGAGGGCUACAGAUACUGACUGCAUGACAGAAAUAUAGGUCCCGGAUGUUACUGUUGGAAGUUGGAACCAUUAUUUACAUGUGAGAACUUUUUCAUUACUUUGUAUUUAUAUAGAAUUUUAAAACCAAGGUCUUUCUCUAGAACUUGAUUUCUAUUUUCUCUCUUUUCCCUUCUCUCCCUAAAGCUUUUGUAUUGUGUUUGGAUAGUUUUUUUUUGUUUGAGAGGAUAGUAUGGAAAAUGGAUACAGUACUUAGAACAGCAGUUUUAAGAAACAGAGCCUUUACCUCCAUUGUUUUAUAUUUUGUUUUGAACAUGUUUUUCUUUCAAUUUUUCUUUCAUGAAAAACUGGAGAUUGAUGUAUAGGGAAAUUGGAAACAAUUUUAUUAUUAUGCCAAAUUUUAGCCUACCUAUCAGUAAUAACUAUUAAAAAGUUAUGUAAGUAUUCAAAACAUAUCAUUAAAUUCUGAUUGUCUUUUGAAAAUACAUUGGACCAAAAGUUUAUUUGUAAUUUGGAUUGUGAUUGCAUAUUAGCAAAACAUCUUAUUUUGAAACUUACUAGAUAUAUUAAAGAACAUACCAGUUAUAAACUCAGCUCAGUCUUUAAGCAUCAUUCCUAAUGUACCUUACACAUGACUGUUUUGCGGUAAUGUAAAGAUGUCCAUAGGAGCUGCUGUUACCAGUGUGAUUGUAUAUGAGGUGACAUAUGAUCUGUUUCAAGAUUCCAUAGGAAAGUUCAGUGUUAACAAAUAUGCAAAGAAUUCUGAAUGCAAAUGGUUUGAAAUUUUAAGGCUUUCCUAAGUAGUUAUUCUAUGAGAAUUCAUUUUGAAGGUAUAAGACUGCUCUCUGUCUAUCACUCAUAGUAUGAUUAUUUGUAUUCUGACAAAAGAAAAAAUGCAAAUUAAAAUAUUGGGCCACCUUGUAUGUGUGGUACAAACUCCUCCUCUCCCCCUUCACUCCCUCCUUUCUCUUUUGCGUAUUGUGCUGCAUAGUAGAAAGCUUUGCGAUAAAAUCUCAGACAAGCAGGAAGCGAAAUCACUGGCCUUUAAGAUUUGUGUUUUCCCACUCAUGUCUGUGUCAUGUGCACAUACGUACCUGCUCACAGGCACUCAAGGCUGAGUUUACAGUUCACCAUUGUUAGAGAUUCAUACAGGUUUUUGUUUGUUUGGUUGACAGUUUCUUUGUCACAAGAGCUGCAGUUAUUAGUGACAUAAUGUGACAAUUUCUUAAUUUCUCCUUCAUAAUUAUUCCUUUAUGUAAUUUCUUCUACUUUUGCACAAAUUUGAGUUUUAGUUUUGAUUUUGAAAUAGUUGUAUAAGUUGUAAAAUAGGUUGGUGUAUUUUCGUUUGAGAACACUUUCCUCCUUAAAUUGUCCUGCAGAAAUGACUAUAUUUUAGGGAAAAUAGUUUUUUACAGCUAUUAAACUGUAUUUGUUAUUUUUGUAUAUGCAUAACCAGGGUGGUGAGAUCACUAAUAUUUUAGGAAAUACCUUUGUUAUAUUUGAUUUUUUUCUAUACAUUUAAGUUAUUAAAUGGUUAUUAAAAUUAUUGGUAGAAAUAAUGUUGUGAAGACAGCAUAUAAGGAAUACUUAACGUCAGAAUAGAAAUCAUUUCUGAAGAUAGAAAUCAGAAAUGCUGCAGGUGCCAGGUAACGGGAACAGCAGGGCAGCAUUCUCACUGUGCAAUUGCUCAAGACAUGCACGGAGACAAGAGUCCGCAGUCAUGGGGGACAGGUUUUCUAGUAAGAUAGUUAGAUGGGCAAAAAUAUCUAAAAUAUGAAAUGCAACGUAGGCGCCAUAUUGUAAAUUGUGCCAAGAUUAUGCAAAUUACAGUUAUUGAUCAAAGUUGUUUCAUUUCACUGUUGUUAUUUUAAAGGAAAUACUGAAUGUCAGAAAAUCUGUAAUAUGUUUUAUUUGAUAGAUGUAAAUAAUGUAUACAGUCUUAUGUGGCAGAAUGGGAGGUAUUUAAAUUUUAGGUUUUUUUUCUUUAGAAGAAAAUGUUUAUAAGGAAAAAACCCUAAUAAAUACUUUUGUUUGGCCAUGAA